AUGGGCGACUCCAUGUCCGACGCGGAUAAGAUCCGCAUGAAGCGCCUGGCGAAGCUCGGUGGACCGCCCGCAGCUAGUGGAAGCUCUAGUACUACUCCUCUGCAAGAGAACUCCCCAAAUACUCCUUCCACCCCGAAGCUCGACGAAAGCGCUGCUGCCCCGCCACCAGAGCAGUCGCCGGCUCCGAGCAACCCAUUCUCCCAACUCGGCAUAAAACCAGACUCGAAACCUCGCAUCAACAUCAAGAGGAAGGCUUCUCCACCACAAAUGGGUGAUGGAACGUCAGAUACACGCCCCAACCCACCCCCGCAGCCUGGCGUAUGGGAGGAUAGGACGUUGAGCAGCAUAUUCCGGCUUACAUUGGAUCCCAGCACCACGAAGGACCUCCACGGCCACCGCUUGUUAUAUGUUAAUAGCGUCAGGAAGGAUUUGGAGGAAGAGGACGGUGGGCAGGUACAACUUAGAACCGACGUGCUGGACCAGGCUAUAGUCGAGGCAGCAUCCAGUCUACCAGACGGAAAGCCCCUUGAUUAUCUACUAGGAUGCUGGAAGCGGGUUUCUAAAUUAUAUCGCGGCAUGCGAGGAGGUAACAAAGAGGACCCUCGAUUCAAGGUUCUCAAGGAAGCUCGGCGAAUAUGCUUCAGUUAUUGCAUCUUUGCGGCCACCAUGCCGGAGGAGAUGUUUGGACAAGAACCACCCUCAGAAAAUGUUCUAGCACAGCAUCUUCUUGUAGACGCUGAAAAUGAUCGCGGUAUCUGCCACGAUUUCCUCAACGAAGCUGUCUCCAGGUUCGACGAGGACGAGAGUGUCAAAGAGGCACUAGUUGCAGCAAUGGAGGCUCUCAGUCAACAGCUCGCCAAGCUAUCCAUGAAUGACAACACGAAGCCAUAUAUGCUUGCUAUGCGUAACUUCGUACGCUAUCAGCCGCUUCUCGUGGCGAUGACGGAGUCCCCAAUGUUUCUCCCUCCAGAUUUACCCCCAGAGGCAAUCGAAACCAGCACCUUGUUAGGUCCAUUCUUCAGACUCUCUCCGAUGCAAGCCGAAGUUGCUCUCAACUAUUUCACCGGCUCCCAAACACGAGAUAAGGCUUACGUUGCCAAUUCACAAAACGCGCUGCGCAUGACCCUCGCAGCCCACCAAGAUGAGUUGCUCGAUAUUGCAAACUGCUUCAUCAAGACAAAAGAGUCUCGGGAAAAGAUCCUCGACUGGCUUGCUUUGAUCGUUAACGAGAACCACAAGCGUAGAGCCAUACAGGUUGACCAGAAGACUGUGUCUUCUGAUGGGUUUAUGGUCAAUAUCACAGUGAUAUUAGACCGCCUCUGCGAACCUUUCAUGGACGCCACAUUCUCAAAGAUCGAUCGUAUUGACGUGGAUUAUCUUCGAAGAAAACCUCGUGUUUUAAUCGAAGAUGAAACUAAGAUCAACGCUGAUCAGCAUGAGUCGGAUGAAUUCUAUAGUAAUGUUGCAACUGGAACCAACAACUUCAUUACAGAAAUUUUCUUUCUGACAGUCGCUGCUCACCAUUACGGGACCGAGGCCGUCAACACCAAACUUGGCCAGCUCCAGAAAGACGUCAAAUGGAUGGAGAAACAACUAGAAAAGUUUGAGCUAGAGCGGCACAAGUUUUCACAGAAUCCAACACAGCUUGCACUGUACGAAGCCCAUGUGAAGAAAUUGAAGACUGCUUUGGAAAAGGGCCAAUGCACCAUUCUGGCAACACAAGGAGUUCUCUUUGAUGAACUCGCUCAAUCUCGAUCCAUGCAGUUCAUGCGAUAUGUCAUUGUGUGGCUGCUGCGGAUGGUAUCCCCAGGCUCGAAUUUCCCCAAGAAAGCGUUAUCGCUUCCGCUCAACGCAAAUCAACCAGAAGUCUUCAAGUGCUUGCCCGAGUACUUUCUAGAGGAUGUGGUCGAUAACUUCAAAUUUAUCACACGCAACAUACCCCACAUCAUCACAUCAACUCAGUGCGAUGAGUUAGUAAAGGUCUGCAUCACAUUCCUCCGGAGCUCGGAAUACAUAAAAAAUCCAUAUCUGAAGUCUGGAUUGAUUACCAUCCUGUUCCAUGGUGUUUGGCCUGUGCGCGGACGGGCCAAAGGUGUGCUUGGAGAUGUACUAUAUGGUUCCGACUUCGCGACCGAUCAUCUACUGCAUGCCUUGAUGAAGUUCUACAUUGAAUGCGAAAGCACUGGAGCACACACCCAGUUCUUUGAUAAGUUCAAUAUUCGCUACGAAAUUUUCCAGGUCAUAAAGUGCGUCUGGCCGAACACGAUCUACCGCGACAACUUGGCUACAGAGGCAAGGGUCAAUCUCGACUUCUUCGUCCGCUUUGUCAAUCUUCUGCUUAACGACGUGACAUUUGUCCUGGAUGAAUCGUUUACCGCUUUCAAGCAGAUUCACGAUCUCCAUAAAGAACUCAAGGCUCGAGAUUCUAUGGAAGAGACUGUUCGACAAGAAAAGGAAGAAGCUCUUGCAAGUGCACAAAGCAAGGCUAAAAGCUACAUGCAGUUAACCAACGAAACUGUUUCCAUGCUGAAGCUUUUUACCGAGGCGCUCAGUGACUCCUUUACGAAGUCCGAGAUAGUCCAGCGACUGGCAGACAUGCUCGACUACAACCUGGAUGCCUUGGUAGGACCGAAAAGCUCGAACCUCAAGGUCGAGAAUGGCGUGGAGUACGGCUGGGAUCCCAAGAACAUGCUAUCUGAAAUUGCGGACGUCUAUCUUAAUCUCCAAAAGAAGGAGAAUUUCCAGAAGGCCGUUGCUCGCGAUGGAAGGUCGUACAGACCUCAGAUCUUCACCAAUGCGCUCUCAAUCAUGCAAAAACACGCACUGAAAUCUGCCGAGCAACUGAAAGAGUGGGAGCACCUAGCAACCGUCAUCCAGAACACCAAAGAAGCAGAAGAUCAAGAGGAACUCGAUUUUGGCGAGGUUCCCGACGAAUAUACAGAUCCGUUGCUCGCGUCGCUGAUGGAAGACCCAGUGAUAUUGCCAACGAGCAAAGUCACGAUCGACCGCAGCACUAUCCAGAGUCACUUGCUGAGUGAUCCGAACGACCCCUUCAAUCGUUCUCCAUUGAAGAUCGAGGACGUAAUUCCGAACGAGGAACUAAAGGCGCAGAUAAAUGCCUGGAAGACUCAGAAGCGAGCCGAGGCGAAGGCUGCCCGGGAGUCUGCUCUCUCUGAGAAGGUAGAUGGGGGAGAGCCGAUGGAUACAUCGGGCUGA